UGAAUCGCUUAUAACUUUGUAAGUGUUUGAUCACUUUUAUUCAGAAAGUAAAGUAUAAUGCCGUUUCUGCUUAACAAAACUAAACAUCAUGCCGUUUCAAUCAUUCAUUAACGACACGACAUUUGUCUAUAAGCCAAAAGACGAAUUCUCAAAACCUCGUCGGAGGGUUUUAGAAGAGGAAUCUCAAAUCUCAAAUCUCAAAUCUGGGAUCUCGGAGAGGAGAUAUGGCGACGGAGUCAUCGGAAUCGGAAGAAGAAGGAAAGAUUAGAGGAGGAAACGAUAAGCUAAUCAUAGACGACGAUCUAAGAGAGAUGGGUAAAAACGCUGCUUGGAGUGUCAGCUCUUGUAAGCCCGGCAAUGGCGUCACCACUCUCCGCGACGACAAUCUCGAAACCUAUUGGCAAUCAGAUGGGUUACAACCACAUUUGAUUAAUAUUCAAUUCCAGAAGAAAGUGAAAUUGCAGUUAGUGGUUCUCUACGUUGACUUUAAGCUUGAUGAGAGCUAUACACCAAGUAAAAUCUCUAUUCGAGCUGGUGAUGGUUUUCAUAACUUAAAGGAGAUUAAAAGUGUGGAGCUUGUUAAACCAACUGGUUGGGUUUGCUUAUCUUUGUCUGGAACUGAUCCACGGGAAACUUUUGUCAACACAUUUAUGUUACAAAUAGCCAUUUUGUCGAAUCACCUCAACGGGAGAGAUACUCAUAUCCGCCAGAUCAAAGUUUACGGCCCUAGACCAAAUCCUAUUCCGCACCAACCGUUUCAGUUUACAUCUAUGGAGUUUCUCACUUAUUCGACACUGAGAUGAAAGAUUUGAGCAGGAGAAGUUUGAACAACAUGGGACUGUGAAAGAUACUGCUAUUGAUACCACAGGAAGAGUCUAUAAUCAGAUUAGGUUUUGAAGCUUAUAGUUUCACAUAUUGUUGUGUAAUGGCUUUUGUUUAUAUAUUACAUUGGAUAUAACAAUCAUAACUUCAUUAAGCUUAUCCACCAAAAGCCCCAUCAAACUUUUGACACGGUGAA